GCUCCUGAAGCGUCUUCGAAUGCGCAAGGAGGGACGCGUUGCAUUUCGGCAGUUGUAGUCUCUUUUUUACUUUUUGCGGACUUCAAUUCCCGCCAGGCCCAGGAGGUGGCAGUAAUUCUAAGUUUACGUCCGUUUGCGUAGCGUCGUCCCCUGCGUCAGACGGGCUAGCUCCUCUCCCAGUGAUCCGCCAUAUUGGAGUGUGUCUAGGCUCCGCUGGUGCUCGCUUUUCCGUUCUCUCCGCCGGACCGGAGCGCGGGACUAUUUGGUUGCGUUGAUCAGGAGCCCGCAAGGCGGCGUGAGGCCGAGCAGUGUUCCCUGUGGUACCACGAGUCCUCCAGGCUUCCUGCCUCCCCAUACACGGUAGCUCGGCUGCGGCAGGUGGCUGCUGCUGUCUCGGAGAUGAGCCCCGCCGACGCGAAGAGAGGGGCCAAGCGGAGGAAGAACAAGCGGGGCGGGAGCGCGGUGUCUGGCGAUGUCAAGGCUGCGGCUCUGCGGGGGCAACACAACGCGACAAGCGCAGAGAAUGGAAGCGCAGGAGUCGGGGGCAGCACAGGCCUGAUCCACAGCCCACCCGGGAACUGCACUCCCAGCAUCCCCGGCAACGAGAUUGCAUUGAACGGUACCCCCUUCACAGAUGGUCCCCUUGGUACAGAGUUUUCUCAAGUGCCCCAGGCUCCUUUUACAUUUGGUCUGGGCCAGAGGGCUCCGUACACAACUGGGGACCACUGCCUUCUUUGCAGAAGUGAACGCAAGGACACACUGUCAGAGUGUGGCACAAAAAACUCCAGCAAACUAGCACUUUCCACCUCCCCCAAAUCCACUUCCAAACUGCACCUUCCCCUGUGGGUGUGUUCAGACUGCCGACGGACGGUUGAGAAUGAAGAAAUUCACACGCCACAAGACCAGUCUUUAACGAGUCAAGAUUUCCUUUUGCACAUGCCACCUGGAAACAGUGGGUCUAAGCAGGAGACGGUGGGUGGAGGAAGAAUUCUCGUCGGAGCCCAGACCAUUCCAUCCACUGUAGCCCUCAAUAAUUCCACGUCCCCUGACCUAGCUUGUAGCUGUGAAGCAUGCAAUGAACGCCGGGAAAUUUCAGCAGAGACUGAAAGGGAAUCCCAGCAGCUCCAAAAUUAUUGGUCAGACGUGCGGUACAUGAUCCGCUGCAUAUACCGUCAAGCAGGAACCCCAUUGGCAGAUGACCAGGACCAAUCGCUAGUUCCAGAUAAAGAUGGAAUGAAAGACUUGGUAGAUAGGUUGUGUGAAAGAGACCCUUAUCAACUGUACCAGCGGCUAGAGCAGCAAGCGCGAGAGUACGUAUUGGAAAUGAAAGUCCGUUUACUCAAGCAUUUGUCGAUCGGUUUUAAGGUCAAUUCCACUAUCCAGGGCCCCCCACAGGCCCAUCAGUUUAUCUCGCUGCUCCUUGAAGAAUACAGCGCUCUUUGUCAAGCGGCAUGCACAAUCGGCACCUUUCUCGUCACUCUGGAAAAUGAACAUUUAAAGAAAUUCCAGGUGACGUGGGAAUUGCACAAUAAGCACCUAUUUGAAAAUCUAGUAUUUUCUGAACCGCUGCUACAAAACAGCCUGCCGGCACUGGUCUCACAGUUAAGGCUCGGAACAGCCUCCCAUGAUUCUUACAGUGAAGAUAUGUACAGUACCUUGCUUCAAAGGUAUCACCAGUUGGAACAGGAAAUGAAUCAGGUUUCCGAAGAAUGGCUGGAGUGUCAGAAAAGAAUUGAUAACUACGUGGAUGAGCAGAUGGCUUUAAAAACCAAACAAAGGAUGCUAAAAGAAGACUGGGAGUUUUUUAAACAAAGACGAUUUAUAGAAGAACAGUUAAAUAACAAGAAAACAAUAACCGGGGAGAAUAACUUCACAGACAAAAUGAGGCACAUGCUAUCAACACGGAUGUGCAUGUCAGACUGUCCAAACUGUAACUACAGAAGAAGAUGUACUUGCGAUGACUGCAGUCUGUCACACAUCCUUACCUGUGGUAUCAUGGACACACCGCUCACAGACGAUAUACACUUAAAUCAGUUACCACUACAGGUGGAGUCCGCGCCUGACUAUCUGUCACAAAUACACCCUCCAAGUAUGUCUUCAGCCAGUUCUGGGUCAGACUCCAGUUCCCCCAUCACCAUCCAGCAGCAUCCCAGGCUCAUCCUUGCAGACAGUGGUUCUGCACCUACAUUUGGUAGUGAUGAUGAAGAUGGCGCUCCUUUAUCAGCAAAGUAUGCUGAUAUUUAUCCGUUAAAUAAUUACGAUGAUGCUGACAUUGUAGCCAACAUGAAUGGCAUACACAGUGAGCUGAAUGGUGGGGGGGAGAAUAUGGCGCUGAAAGAUGAGUCACCUGUAGUCAGCAGCACAAGCAGCAGCUCCUCGGAGGCAGAUGAUGAGGAGGCAGAUGGGGAAAGCUGUGGGGAGCAGCCAGACGUUCCGAAAGAAGAAAAUCAGAUUGGAAAAAGGUUGCUAAGAAAAGAAGGCCCAAAAAUUGAAAGUCCCCCGCCAUCUUACCUCAGUCCACAGAUGGAGCCAGUACCAAAUUCAUGUGAGUGCCACGUAUGCAAGCAGGAGGCUUCUGGGCUGUCCCCAUCAGCACUUGUGCCAGGAAGAAUUCCUGCCGGCCAUCAGUUUAUGAAUCCAGAGAAACCAGCACAUCCAGCACUUCACCUCUACCCUCAUAUUCAUGGACAUUUACCCCUGCAUUCAAUCCCACACCUUCCCCGUCCCCUUAUUCAUCCAACACUAUACGCAGCGUCUCCAUUUGCACACAAUAAGGCUUUACCGCCUACCACGGUACCAAACCAUACAAACAAACAUCAGGUAUUUAAUGCAUCGCUACAAGACCACAUAUAUCCAAGCUGUUUUGGGAAUUCUCCCGAGUGGAACAGGUCGAAGUUCAUAAGUCUCUGGGGGUCAGAAAUGAUGAAUGAAAAGAACUGGAACCCGGCUACAUUUUUACCCGAUCCUCUGGCAGGAGGGGAAAUAUUAGGCCCAGCACUCCCCGAAAUCCGACCUGAAGCACUUCCUAUGACGUCAAGUAAUGACACAGCGCCAGUACCAGAUAUUAAGGAGAAAAAAAACUCUGCCAAGAAGAAAUGUCUUUAUAAUUUCCAGGAUGCCUUUAUAGAAUCAAAUAAGGUUGUGAUGGCAACCUCAUCCGCAACCUCGUCCGUUUCUUGCACUGCUACCACUGUUCAGUCCAGCAGCAACCAGUUUAAAGUGUCAUCCAAGAGGCCUUCCUCCAUAGGAGAAGUUUUUCACAAUAUUAAAGAAGACCACAGGCAUCCUUCUACACCAGUUGCACCAAGAAACAGUCCGACUAGUAUGGCCACUCUUCCCUCCAUCUCUCCGGGUACACACUCAUCAGCACCCUCUUCCCACAUGCAAAGUAUUGCGCCUCCGUCUUUUCCCAAAACAGCUGCAACCGCUCCAGGGUUUGUGGAUCCACAUUUAGGGUUUUGCCCGUCCACAGUUGCCCCUCCCACAUCUACCACAGACGGCAAUCUCAGCGCUCCUCCAAGCGUGUGCAGUGACCCCGACUGUGAAGGUCAUCGGUGUGAGAACAACGGUGGCUAUGACCACCAGCAGUAUGAUGGGGAGGAGAGUCAGGAUGAAGACAGCUGCUCAGAACACAGCUCCAGUACAUCCACAUCCACCAAUCAGAAAGAAGGAAAAUACUGUGACUGCUGUUACUGCGAGUUUUUUGGACAUGGAGGGCCCCCAUCAGCACCCACCAGUAGGAAUUACGCAGAAAUGAGGGAAAAACUACGUUUAAGGUUGACCAAGAGGAAAGAGGAGCAGCCCAAGAAAAUGGACCAAUUGCCGGAAAGGGAAACAGGGGGCGUCGUUGAUCAUCGAAAAGUAGACGAUUUAGUCCAGUUUAUAAACAGCUCGGAGUCCAAGCCUGUAAGCAGCUCUCGUGCAGCAAAACGAGCAAGGCACAAACAAAGGAAGGAGUAUGGGACGAGCCCAGCAAUGAGUAAAAUUGUUAGCGAUGUCCUCGGAGAGGAGAGGAGCACGCAGGGAAGCAACACGGCUGAGGAACGGACAGACAAAGCAGAAGCUGAGCUGGAUAAAGAACGAGUGGGAAAGCAGCAGCUAGAAGAAAAAGCCCACCAAGAAGCAGAAGCCAGAGAGCUGGAAGAGCUACAGCUGUUAGAAGAACAGAGGGAGGAAGAGGAGCGGCUCAAACAGGAGUUUCAGCGACAUCAGGAGUGUCAUGCUCUGAAAAAGAAGAAAAAGGAUAGAUCUAGUAAAGACUCUCAUAAGUUAGAUCGACUGGCACACAACCCACUUUCUAAUAAAGAACCUGUUCACUCAGAACUUCUUCCUAACGGAUCAGUGGAACAGCCAGAAAUAAAGGAAACAUUGCCCGUCCCAAUACUCACAAGCCCUGCUCAUAGAACAGAACCAAGUCCAUUACCUGAGGCCCUAAGCAAACCACCAAAUCAUACUAAUGGCAGAGACUUCACUUCCCACACACACAAAGAAGCAAAGGCAAAACAGCAUGAGCAGCUUUCCCUGCUCCUUGACUUGGCCCAUCACAAGGAAUACAGUGUCAAGCAGAAACAGCCCAAACUGCAAACUCCAAAACUAAGCCCCGAGCAAGUGAAAAAAUCGGAGGCCUCCAAGCUCCCAGAUGCUAAAGUGCGGAACCACAGCGAAGCCAAAGUGCGAGCAGUAGAAGUUGCACCAGUAGUGGAACAGAAAAGGGAGGAGAAGAAAUCAAAUGGCAAUAACAAAAAGCAGCCCAAUCAUGUGCAGGAGGAAAAGAAUCCUGCUCUUGGGGACCCCAACUUGCACAGCGACCAGCCACAAAACAACAAGCUCAUCAAAGCAGAAUCGCCCCAGCCAAAGGGCAAAAGCAAGAAGAAUAAAAAGAAAAAGGGCGAUAAAAUCAACAACUCUAUUGAUGAUGUGUUCCUCCCAAAAGACAUCGAUCUGGACAGUGUGGAAUUGGAUGAAACUGAAAGAGAGGUGGAAUAUUUCAAAAGGUUCUGUUUAGACUCCGCCAGGCAGACAAGGCAGAGACUUUCCAUCAAUUGGUCCAACUUUAGCCUCAAGAAAACAACCUACGCUGCGCACUGAAUUUGCACCAUGAAGCGGUCACCCUGCAGGAACCAAUCCCACUGAUUUACACCCUGAUUUACUCCCUGCUGUUCCAAGUGCUUGCCAGGCCUCCAGCCAGUGCUGCCUUCUACCAGUGCCCCAUGGAUUUGCACUGAACUCCCCAGGCCUGACCAUUCUUGCUGACCUGAGAAAAAAAAAAAAUGCCACUUUCUACCUGAAUUUGUUAGCUUGUGUGCUUGUAGUCUGUGAGUGAGACUUUGGUUGUAGCAAUACGCUCCUCUCCUUAUUGCCUUGGCCUCUGACUUGAGACUGGUUCCAUGGAUUCAGAAGCAAAAGAAGCUUGUUGCAUUAUAAACAGUGGCACCCAUCACUUCUGCAGUAAGCCCCGUAACCCUUCCCCCUCCUCCAAAUUACACUGACUACUAGCAAAGGAAUGAAUUUCAUUAUCCUCUUCUGCUCCGGAACUUUCCCGACUCACGGAAGCAACUCCUACUGGACGAGCGUUUUGUCCCGUUCUCACACUCUACUGUUCAGAAGAAGUGUACAAGUUACGCUUGUUUGUGUUUGAUUUCUCCUCCUCAGACUUGUAGCCGGCUUGUGUAAAGAAUACCCGCAGAAUGAGACCGAAAAAAAAAAAAGAGAAAAAAAAAUCCUCACACUAUCGAUCUGUUAUAGAGUGUAUAAUUGUAUUAACACAGAUGCCCAAGUGGCUACUUUUUUAACAUAUUGUUAAGUAAUAUUAAAAUCAUGUCUUUCUUUUUGAAAGAUGGAAUACAUUAGUAUGGCAGAA